ACCAACAAGGUCCCCGUCAAGCUCGCCAAGGUGCUCAAGGUGCUCGGCCGUACCGGUUCGCGAGGAGGUGUCACCCAGGUCCGCGUCGAAUUCAUGGACGACACGUCGCGAUCCAUCAUCCGGAACGUCAAGGGCCCGGUGCGGGUGAAUGACAUCUUGGCGUUGCUCGAGUCGGAGCGUGAGGCUCGGUGA